AGGGUAUUCAUACUUUUUUUCUGUAAUCGUGUUUUACACUAGUCAAGUUGGAGUUCGAUUACGGCCCAAGCUCUUCUUACUAUCAGAUGUCUACAGACAUCUAUGAUGGCUUUAAUUUGUAUACAUUGCCUGAAAAAUUCUAUCUGGAACCUCGCGACCGCGAUGGAAAUCUUUUAUCACAGCAAUACCUCGAAAUAGAUCGUCAUACCAAUCAAAUACGAGUCUCAAAUACUGUAGAGCAUCGGAUACCAUUAACGGAUGCUGAUAUUCAAUAUAUUCACGGUUUACUAGGCAUUAUUCCAAUUGUCUCAGGAAUGGCAUUGAUAGUCAUAAAGAAAUCACGCUUGGUCGGAAACCUAAAUGGACAUCCAAUCUAUAUUAUAACCGAAACAGACGUUAUACCUUACAAGAAAACCACGUUGCAUUUAACGGAAAAGCAAAUAUGGUAUAAUCGGCAUUUCACUGAAAUGUUGCAAAGUGUACUUGCUGUACCUGGUUUCUAUUUUUCUUACUCUAUAGACUUGUCUCGUUCACUACAAUGGUUAAGCGAAAAUGGUACACCUGAGUUCAAGGAAACCUCCAUGGUCGAUCGAGCUGAUGAUCGAUUUAUUUGGAACGCAUUCCUCCUUUCUCAACUUCGUGCUGUGAAAGGCUACGAGAAAUUUGCUCUACCCAUUAUCCAUGGAUUCUAUGGUGAAGUCCUUCAUUGUAUAAAUGGACAUCAGUUCAAAUUGUCACUAAUUUCGAGACGGAGCAAGUAUAGGGCUGGUGUGCGUUUUUACAAGCGUGGAGUGAGCUCAGACGGACAUCCUGCUAAUUUUGUAGAAACCGAGCAAAUUGUUGAGACUAUUUCCGGUGGAGGACGGCGACUGACAUCCUUCUUGCAGAUGCGCGGAUCCAUCCCGCUUCUUUGGUCUCAAAAACCGAAUCUGAAAUGGCAGCCCAUGCCCACGAUGAGGGCCAGUGAUGAUCAGUUGACCGCAUAUGUCCGACAUUUCGAAAAUCAAAAGAAACACUACGGCGGCGUCCAUGUUAUUGUCAAUCUUGUGAACCAAGUUGGACGAGAGAGAAAACUCGGUAGCGAACUAGAAAGAAUUGUACAGCAAGCUAAUCUUAGCUAUGUUAGGUAUAAUCCAUUUGACUUCCACAAGGAAUGUCAUGCUAUGCAGUGGCAUAGGCUAUCUUUGUUAAGGGAUCAGCUACGACAGGAAAUUACUCAGUUUGGAUUUUUCGCUGCGUCUGAUGUUUUGGCUGAAGCGGACUUUACUCAAAGGUACCAAACAGGUUUCUUCAGAACCAACUGCAUGGAUUGUUUAGAUCGCACUAAUGUGGUACAAGCUUUGAUCGCACGGGAGUCCUUAACCGACCAGCUAUAUUACUUAGGAAUAUUGAAUACCGGCCAAAGAGUAGAAACCUGUGAAGACCUUGAAACGUCAUUCAAGCAUAUCUGGGCGGAUAAUGGAGACGAGUGUAGCCGACAAUAUGCGGGUACUGGAGCGUUGAAGGCUGACUUUACUCGACUUGGGAAACGAACUUAUACUGGUGCCAUAAAUGAUGGGAUUAAUGCCGUAACACGAUAUUUUCGCAAUAAUUUUGCUGAUGGGUACAGACAAGAUGCCAUGGAUGUUUUCUUGGGAAAUUAUGUAAUAGAUGUUGAUAAUCUGCCGUCUAGCUUGGAAGCUGCAUUAAUAUCACUGGAUCAAAACGGAAUUGCUCUCUUAGCUGCGAGUUUUGCUAUGGCAAUGACUAUACUUUGUGUUCUAGUCGCAGAGAAUAUCUCAGCAACGCUGUUUUGGUUUGGAGUAUUCUUGGUAUGCAUGAUGUUCAUCUUCCUGAAUGGCGAAGAAUUUGUGAAUGCUCCCAAGCUGAAGCUCGAUUGAGCUAUGCACAAACUAUUCUAAUUUCUCAGUCACUGUAUUUACUGAGCCCCUUGCCAUUCCUUUUUGUGCAUUAUUUUCGGUGCAAUAUAUUAAUUAGCAGCUAAACACCUUGCACGCUCUUAGGACAUGCUUAAAGCAUCUUCGUUACUAAUCAAAUGCGGUGAUUGUCUCUGAUGUAAUUGUUGUGAGAAGUUCCUGUGAUCAUUCUGAUUAGACUGGAAUCAGAUUGAUGCUGCUGUGCGGUAUUUUGGUGUUGGUCGUCAGGUUGUAUUUCAGUCAGA